UUGGAUGAGUAGCCUCCCUUAUGAACUUCCGGCAUCAUGGCGGCGUCUUCUAAUCAGGGAGGACCCCCAAACCCGAUGAUGAGACCACCUUUUGGGAUGCCUCCUGGGAAUGCCCCACCUCCAGGUUUCAUCCCCCCACCUGGAAUGGGAGGUCAUGGUGACAUGAACCAACCUCCCCCCGGAAUACCAGGCUACAGUGGACCCCCAAACCUGCCCCCUCCUGGUUUCCCCCCUGGCAUGCCGCCUCCGAUGGGGAUGCCCCCACCCAUGUUCCCUGGAGGCACUUCCACAUCUUCACCUGUCAUAUCUGCAUCAUCAACCACUGCGGGGGACAGUGGAGACAAGAGUGUGUGGACCGAGCACAAGGCUCCUGAUGGAAGAACAUACUACUACAACAAUGUCACCAAGCAGUCCAGCUGGGAGAAGCCAGAUGACCUCAAGUCAGACACAGAGCGGUUGUUGUCACAGUGUCCGUGGAAGGAGUACAAGUCUGACAAUGGCAAGGUGUACUACCAUAACUCUCAGACAAAGGAGAGCAAGUGGACCAAGCCAAAGGACCUAGAGGAAUUAGAAAAAAAGUUAGCAGACCAGAAAGCCAGUAGUAGGAAGGAGCUGCCGUCUACAGUGUCUGCCCCGCUGCCCCAGUCCCUGCUGAAACAGUCGUCCACCCCAUCCUCAGCCAUCCAGCAGGCCAUGCAAGCCACCCUAGCCUCCAUAGAGCUGCCCCCAGCAGCCCCAGGGGGAGUGCCCCCAGCCAAGGAGGUCAAGCCAGAGGACUCCGAUAGUGGCUCGGAUGUAGAGGAGAUAAAACAGCCCAAGAAAGAAGUCCCCUUGGUUUUCAAAAACAAGAAGGAGGCUGUUGAGGCAUUCAAGGCUCUACUGAAGGAGAAGGAGGUGCCAUCCAACUGUUCCUGGGAACAGGCCAUGAAACUCAUCAUCAACGACCCACGCUAUGGAGCGCUCAAACAUCUCAAUGAGAAGAAACAGGCAUUCAAUGAAUACAAGACACAGAGGGCCAAGGAGGAGAAGGAUGAGCAGCGGCUCCGAGCCAAACAGGCCAAGGAAGACCUGGAACAUUUCCUCUGUAACAACGAGAAGAUGAACUCUACAGUGAAAUACUGGAAAGCUGACAACAUGUUUGGGGACCUGGAGGUGUGGCGAGCUGUCAACGAGCGAGACCGCCGCGAUCUCUUCGAUGACGUAGUGCAUCUCCUUGCUAAGCGGGAAAAGGAGGAAGCCAAGACACUCAGAAAACGCAACACUAAACUGUUCAAUGAAAUCCUUGACAGCAUGCCAAGUCUGACAUACUGCACUACAUGGUCAGAAGCACAAGCCAUGCUGCUUGAUAACCCCCGCUUUACGGAGGACCCAGAUCUACAGAAUAUGGACAAGGAAGAUGCCCUGGUCUGUUUCGAGGACCACAUCCGCAUGUUGGAGCAGGAGUAUGAUGACGAGCGGGAGCGGGAGAGACGGAGGAUGAAGCGACAGCAACGCAAGAACAGGGAGAGCUUUGUGGUUCUCCUGGAUGAGCUGCACGACCAGGGCAAACUCAACUCCAUGUCUCUGUGGAUGGACCUGUAUCCCAUCAUUAGUCAAGACCUGCGCUUCACCAUGAUGCUUGGCCAGCCAGGCUCCACACCACUUGACCUCUUCAAGUUCUAUGUUGAGGACCUCAAGGCCCGCUUCCAUGAUGAGAAGAAGAUAGUGAAGGAGAUACUCCGGGAGAAGGGUUUUGUGGUGGAGGUCAGCACGACAUAUGAUGACUUUGCAUCUGUCAUCAGCAGCGACAGGCGGGCCGUCAGCCUCGACACCGGCAACAUCAAGCUCACCUACAAUAGUCUGAUUGAGAAGGCAGAGGCUCGGGAGAAGGAGAGACUGAAGGAUGAGGCCAGGAAGCUGAAGCGACUGGAGGGAUCCUUCAAGACUCUGUUGAAGCAACUGUCUCCUCCCAUAGAUCUGGACACCAAGUGGGACGAUAUAAGAUCAAAGUUAGAACAUGAGGCAGCGUUUGAGGCAAUCACUCUAGAGUCUGAACGAAUGCGACUGUUUAGGGAGUAUGUGAUUGCCUAUGAGGAGACAUGCGGGCACCACCAUGCAAAGAGGAAGAAAUCAAAGAAACACAAGGUCAAGAGGUCAAGGUCAAGAUCACAUUCUAGUGAUUCAGAAGAAGAAGAAAGAAGACACAAAGCUAAAAAGAAGAAGAAAUCACGGUCUGAGUCAAGGUCUCCCAGUCCUGGAACACCUUCAGAUAGAGAGUAUGAGCCUGAACGGACAUCCAAGAAACACAAGAAAAAGAAGAAGAAGAAGCACAUCUCCAGAUCUCCAUCACGUUCUGGCUAUUCAAGUGACGAGAAACAUGACCAUGAUCGAGAGAGAGAAAGAGAUAGAGACCGGGACAGGGACCGUGAUCGCGAUCGGGAACGUGAGCGGGACCGGGACAGGGACCGGGACCGAGACCGAGAGAGGGAUAGUAAGUCUUCUCGUCGCAAGAAAUCUCCAACACCCUCCUCCAGGAAAGACAAACAUGAUAAGCAUGCUUCCAAGAAGAGAGAUGAUGACUAUGACAGCACAGAGAGUGAGCUGAGUGAAGGAGAGUUGGAAAAGAGGAGGAGGUUGUUACUGCAGCAGCUGGAGAGUGACUUAUAAAUGUACUUGGUCUCAGCGUGCUGGCUGGGUUCGGUUUUAUAUGUGGACAUGCUCACAGACUACAGAGAUAAGCAUUAAAAACAGACAGUCAAUAAAUACAUGUAUAACAGUCUUUGUAGAUGACCCAUGGAGGAACAUAAGAUUGUCCAGAAAUUUGAUUAUGGACCAAUAAUUAAUUUUAAUGGUUUGUUAAGAAAAGAAGGGAGAGAUGAUUGAAGUUUCGUAACAAGCAACGACGAAUUCCAGUAAGCCGGCUGAACAUGGAGGAUUGAUGGAUUUUUUAAAGGUUGCUUUGUGAACUGCUGACUCCAAUAUGGCCGUGUGUCAGCUCAUCAGCACAUUAUUUCUGAACAUAUAUCGCCAUUGCGAGUACCGCACUGAAGCUGUACCAACAGCAGUGUAGAAGAUACUAUGUUUGGGAUUGACAUUCAGUUGUAUUUGAUUUCCUUCCCUGUAAAGUGUCAAGAUAAGGACAUCAUUAAUUUUGUAGUCAGUAUCACAUCAGUGUGUAUCUGCACAAGAUCAACUUGAACUCACAUGGCACUUUGCUUUCAUUUCACCAUCCUUCGUUGUCUGUGUUUCUGUACAGUGGAUGAUAAAAAACCCAUUCUGAUCA